AUGCUUGAAUGUAUUCCCAUGAUGCCCGUCAAGGCCUUAAUUGCCAGUCAGGUGCGCCACUUGAACCUGCACGAAUACCAGUCGAAGCAAUUGAUGGCCAAACACAACGUCAACGUCCAACGGUUUGUCAUUGCAGAGUCCAUUGAACAAGCGGAGAACGCCGCCAAGGGUUUGAAGGCGGACGAGAUUGUCAUCAAGGCUCAAAUCCAUGCUGGAGGACGAGGCAAGGGCGAGUUCUCGAGUGGACUGAAGAGCGGCGUCCAUUUGACCAGAGAUCCAGCCAAGGUGCCAGAGCUGGUGAAGCAGAUGCUUGGCUACAAACUCAAGACAAAGCAGACGAGCGAGGAUGGAGUCAUUGUCAAUAAGGUCAUGAUUGCCGAGGCGCUGGAUAUCUCCAAGGAGACCUACUUUGCCAUUCUGAUGGACCGUGAUAGUGGUGGACCUGUCAUGGUCGGAAGCCCCGAUGGCGGCAUUGAUAUCGAGCAGGUUGCCGCCACCCACCCCGACCACAUCUUUAAGUCUAUUGUCGAUAUUGAGACAGGCCCAACAGAGAAGCAGACACUUGACAUGGCCAUGAAGCUGGGAUUCCAAGGCAAGGCUGUUGCCGAGGCUUCUGACCAGAUGCAAAACCUGUACCAGCUCUUCUUGGAUGUCGAUGCUACUCAGGUCGAGAUCAACCCCUUCGGUUUAACGCCUCAAAACAAAGUUGUAUGCUUUGAUGCCAAGAUAUCGUUUGAUGACAACGCGAUAUUUAAGCACCCUGAGCUGAGGGCAAUGCGUGAUACGACGGAGGAGAACCCUCGUGAGGUCGACGCUGAGAACUGUGGACUGAACUAUGUCGGCAUGGACGGCAACAUUGGCUGUCUCGUGAAUGGAGCAGGUUUGGCGUUGGCGACGAUGGACAUUAUCAAGCUGCACGGCGCUUCGCCAGCCAACUUUUUGGAUGUCGGGGGAGGAGUGACGACCAAGCAGGUCGGCCAGGCAUUCAAGAUCCUGACAGACGACAAGAAUGUGAAGACGAUCUUGGUGAACAUCUUUGGCGGUAUUGCAUCCUGCUUGACUAUUGCUGAGGGAAUGGUCACGGCCUUGACGGAGGGACCCAAGAUCAAGGUGCCUAUUGUUGUUCGCCUCCAGGGGAACCAGGUCGAGGAGGGCAAGGAGUGUCUGCGACGAUCGGGUCUCAACAUUACUGUUAGGGACGAUCUUGAUGAGGCUGCCAUCCUGAGUGCCCAGCUCGCCGCUGCAUAG